AUCAAAUCAACACAACCUCAGCACAAACCUCACAAACUUAUCAGGUCCAAAUUAGACAAGGGAAAAUUUUCAUAUCAUCAAUCAGGUGAGCAGAACAUUCCCUCCAGCAGAGUGAGGUUAUUCCCAGCGCAGGAGGUUUUACAGGAAGGAUCGUCCAUCUUCUUCUGCUGCAUCCCUCCUGAUGGAGCUCGAGUUACUGCCAUCCACUUCUCCAACACUCCGUACCCUCUAAUCAACAUCGGCCGCCGUGUCGGAGCCAUCAGAGUUCACCAACUCAACAUCACCAUGAUGGGCGUGAACCUGGUGUGUCAGGACGACUCGGGAAACGAGCGAGCCGUGUUAAACUACGUCACCUUUCCUCCUGAAAAACCAAAGAACCUGAGCUGUGCUACAAGGAACCUGAAGAACAUUGUGUGUUCAUGGACACCAGGCAAAGAACCCAACCUGAGCAGUGUUCGAAGACGCAGAUACACUCUCCACAUCCUGAACUCGGAUGGAGUGAUGUUCCCAUGUGAUAAAAGACCUUCCUCCUGUGAGUUUCCUGUUCUUCCAGACCUGAUCUUCUACAACAUCUCUGUGGUGGUGAAGAACAGCCUGGGGGAGGAGAGAGAGACCUACGCCUUCAACAUCACACACAGGGUGUUUCCAGUCCUGGAGGAUCUGGUUGUGAUUCCUUCUGCACUGAAUGCUGAAGUUUACUGGACAUUAGAUGGAAGUUUUACAGACCUGCAGUUACUGUGUCAGAUCACCAUGGAGCCCAUAAACACAACCACUGAGCUGCAUUGUGUAGGAGUAAAGUGUGUAAGGAAUCUUAGUGUGCGUGUGCAGAAUCUGCAGCCGAGCACUCAGUACUCCACCAGGGGGCGGUGUGCAGUGCUGCACAACAGCUGGAGCUCAUGGAGCACAACACACACCUUCAACACAGAGGCGUUGGUGAAGCUGGAUGUCUGGAGGAUGAUGAUGGAGGAGAACCCUGAGCGGCGCAGGAUCAGGGUUGUGUGGAGAAGCUUCAGCAGCAGCUCACACUCCACCAUCGAGGUAUAUGAAGUGUGUGUGCAGCAGCAGCAGAAGGACAGAGUGUGUGUGAAUGUCACAGAGACACAGGCUGAGGUUACAGUGGGGGAUGGUGUGUGUGACGUGUCUGUGAGAGCGUUUACACACACAGAAGUGUCUCUACCAUCCUCUAUUACACUUCCUGUACUGAACACAGACCCCGCCCUGAAGCAGAAGAGGAUUGUGGGUAAUACAGAUGGUUUCCUGUUGAUCUGGUCAGAACUUCUCUCUGCUACAUGUGGCUACACCCUGGAGUGGUGCAUUAUGGGAAAUUUGAGACCAUGUGACCUGCAGUGGAGGAAAGUCUCAGCCAAUGAGACGUCGCUAUUUCUCAGUGCAAAUAAACUGAAAGUGGGCUGUAGAUACACAUUUAAUAUCUACAGCUGUCACUCAGAUGGACAUCAGAUUCACGAGACACAUCGGAUACCUGAAAGAACUGAAGCCGCUGCAGGCUCCUGAUGUACAUCUUUCUUCGAGUGUGAGUUCUCACUCCAUCACACUUGAGUGGAGCUUUGAGGAGGAAAAUCCCACUCACCCAGGAUUCAUCACAGGAUACACACUGACUGUCCACACCGAGCCUAAUAACACACACGGUGUGUACAGUGUGGCAGUAGAUGAUCCUCACUGUAAG